UCACGUGUUAACCUCCGACGCAUCCGCUGCCUCCGGGCGUCGCGCUCGUAGUUAGCACGCACCGGCUCACAAGACACGACCACGCGAUAGAGACGUUGGCAUCGGGGCGGCGGAGACGAGGGUGGCUGUGGCAGACGAAACAGUAGCGUGUCAGAGUGCGCAACCUGGGCGAUCGAAACAUGUGGAGCAUAUAGGUGCCUCGCCGCCGGCGUGUCUGUAUCAUGCAUGGGCGAGUGCGAUGCGAGCUUCUUCUUUUUGACUUGGGAAAAGCUGGGGUGGGUUCGCGUUCCCGGAACUCGAUGCGUCCCCUUCACUUCUGCGUCGUUCAAAACCUGGGAACGAUUGCCUUCUCCGCCGCUGGGAACCAAAUCGCUGUUCCGUACUUUUGGGUUGGUGAAGACAAGACUGCACCCACGUGGCUCCAUCAUAUCUGUCACCGGGGCAAAAUCGACGGCCAUCGUUGCAUCAUCUUCAGCCUCUGUCCAUCCAUGCUCCUCUGCUUGUAUAUAUAUACGUCCACCGUGUGGUUCUCUCUCUCCCCCUCUCCUCCCUCUCUCGAUGGCACUAAACGACGCCGCCUCCAGCGCAGCCGAGUGGAGCAUGUUCGACGGGCGAAGCGUCCAGCGGACGCCGUCCCUCGCCCCGGCCGUGUUCGGCUCUGCGUCAGAGUCGAUCGUGGUCACGGCCGCAUCGAGCCAGACGUCCGGCGGCGGCACCGCGCGACCAGGUACGGAGGGUCGAGUGGCGCGGCCGCCCCGGCGGCGGCCGAGGCCCUCCCGAAGAGCUCCGGUCACCUUGCUCAACACCAACACCGACAACUUCCGGGCCAUGGUGCAACAGUUCACCGGGUUCCCGUCCGGGCCGGACUCUUCCGGCUACCGUCCCGGUUCAGGCCUCAGCUUCGGCGAUCCGCCGAUGGCCAUGGCGCCGCUGGGCCACUUCCACCAUCCUCAGUACGUCGCGCAGCAAUACCAACCUCAUCGCCAUCAUUAUCAUCAACAACAGCAGCAACAUCAGUAUCAGGAGUCGACGACGACUGGUGGACUCGACAGGAGGGGCAACAGCAGCCACAACGAUGCGUUUCCUCUUCAGGGGCUUCACGACUCCAGCGCUAGUUUGGAGAUGGCUGAUGUCUUCUUGUUUGGCGGCACCAUAAGGCCGACCUCCACUAACAGUAGGGUUGAUGGUUAGUAGUCUUGAGGGAUCAGAGAGAAAGAGAGGGAGGCAUUCAUGCACGCAUGUAAGUACAGUUUCCAUCACGUUUCGCUCUCUCUCCCGAAUGGACAAUGGAAACGCAUCAACUACGUUUGCUUUGA